AUGGAGAAAAUGAUGCACAAGGUCAAAGAUGCCAUGACUGGCCACCAUAACUCGGAGAGCAAGGAAUACUCUCAUGACCCAUCCAAUAGGGCAAACAAGAUGGAUGAUAACCGUGAAAACUACAGUUCUUCCAUGUCUGGAAACAAGGACCAUGGCUCCAGCAGGUACAACUCAUCUGCCAUGGAUUCUACCAAUCCCAGUAACUACACAUCAACUAUUCCGGGUGUAGGAGGCCUCAGCUCUAAUCGCUAUGACACCGAAUCCAAGAUGAGCCCUCAAGUGAAUGACACCAGCAAUGCCUAUGACAACGCCUACCGCUCGGUCAACAAAGGCUCCGGCGGCUAUGGUUCUGGCAAUCAGCGCGAGCCCAAUAUGCCCAGCAGGAUGGAUGACAUCACCCACGGCAAUAGCAACACAGGCAUGAGUGACUACGGAACCAGUGGUUACACCUCCGGCCAGUAUGCCUCCCGAAAGGGUCCCGGUGGCUAUGAUUCGUCUACUAUGGGCUCGAAUGUCUAUGAUUCCAGCAAACACACCGGGAACUACAACACCGACUCCGUUCCCUAUGAAGAGACUGGACGCUACGGGUCGAACAAUAUCAAUGCUGGCCCUCGCGAAUCGAAGAUGACCAGUAAUCUGGACUCCCGCUUCGACGGCAAUUUAGACAACCGGCACACUUACGGGGCCACCACCACCGGCAACACCACCUCCACCGGCCAGAUGGGCGACUACAGCUCCAACGUUAGUUCCACCGGUGGUAGCAAUUUGCGCAGUGAUCCUUCUCAUGGCUACAACACUCGCUCCGGCAACACAGGCUCGAAUAUGACGAGCCAGACGGGGAACCGUGCCGAAUCGGAAGUCAACAAUCGUGCUAGCCAGCAGGGCUUCGGCGGUACCGCUGCCGGUGGCAGCAGCUACAACACACAUGAGACUGGCAAGAGACGAACCUCAGGUCCUCACAGCUCCAAUCUUUUAAACAAGCUUGACCCUCGGGUGCGCAGCUCUGACUAUGAAGGCAACAUCAGCGGGAACCAGCGGGGAUUGUAG